AUGAAUUACCAAGACCAUCUAACAAAGUUCGUUGUACUUAAACCAUUAAAAACAAAACGUGCGGAAGAAGUUGCACAUAAUUUACUAGAUAUUUAUACAACAUUUGGAGCACCAGCCAUACUGCACUCAGACAAUGGAAGAGAGUUUGUUAAUAAUACUAUAAACGAACUUCAUGCUAUGUGGGGUGAUGUAAAAAUUGUUCAUGGGAAACCUCGACAUAGUCAGAGCCAGGGCUCUGUCGAACGCGCCAAUCGAGAUGUGGAGGAUAUGUUGGCUACAUGGAUGGCCGAGAACAAAAGUAGUGAUUGGCCGUCUGGAUUAAAAUUUAUACAGUUCCGAAAAAAUCGCGCUUUUCAUUCAGGUAUUGGAAGAUCACCGUAUGAGGCAAUGUUUGGAUGUUCAGCUCGAUUAGGCGUAGCGUCAAUAGGUUUACCUAUGGAUGAAAUAGACUGCUUACAAUCUGAAGAAGAUAUUGAGAAUAUUUUACAAGUUUGUGAAGCUCAGAAUGACCAUCUUGGUUCAGAUUCACUGGACUCUGAACAAUGUCAUACUACACAAGUUGAAGAAAAUGAACCAGGAACUGAAAAUAACUCAGAACUUAUUAAUCAACGACAGCAGAAAAUUCAACACGAACGAGCAUUAUCUGUUAAAUGUUUAGAGAAACAAGCG